AUGAAGACUGAGCAAAGCUGUGUGGAGACACCGGUGACUCUCCGGGAGGUCGACGAUCUGCUCCAAAAACCGGCGCCCGGAGGCGAGCAUGCCGCGGAGCAGCAAGACCAAAGCAAAUACGUCGUUUUGGAGUUAGUGGACGUGAAGACAGGCGGGACAAAAGCGGAGAAAGACUGUGGCCAAGCUAAGAGAAACCAGACGUCUGUCCUCAACAACAGCAGCGCCGGAGCUCUGUGCGCGACGGAACCGAAGCAUGAGUUGGUGUUUACAACCGAGAUCGACACUAAGAAGAAAGGGGAUUCUGGACUGGGGAAAUAUGCAGAAGCUGCCAAGGAGGGUCCCUCUGAUCCAUCACCGCCAUCAGUUCCUCCUUGUCUUAACGCAAAGUCAGAGGAUUGUCUCAAAUCAGGAGACAAAAGCGAGCGCGCAACAAGGAGGCCAGAGGUGUCCAAAAAUGAGGAAAACAAUGAGACCCCAGGAGAUGAAGAAUUACACUGCAGUGAUAAUUAUCAGAGCGGGACAAGUGAGUCGGAUGAUGAUGUCAGUCUGGUGCUUUCUGAUGACUGCGUCCAGUCAGUAACGGAGGACGAGUCCCAUUACAUUACCACGCACGAGAUCCAGCUCUCUGAGCUGUCUGACCAUGAGGGGGACUACGACCUCGGGGCGGGCUCCUCCACCAGCUGGGACAUUGAGGAUGGCAACCAGGUGUACUCGUUUGUCGAUUAUGCGUCCUGUGACGGUGAUGGGGCCAUGGGGGAGAGGGGGGGCGGCCGCCAGCCCGGCUCCCAGGGCGCAGCAGCAGGAGCAGCAGCAGUGAGCACUCCGCCUGAAAGCGAUCUGUGUGACACGGCCAGGUUCACCAGCUCAGAUGAGAGCGUGUUAAGGCCCCAGGAGCAGCAGCAGCGACAGCAGCAGCAGCAGCAGCAGCAGCAGAGCAGUGGCAACAGUGGGGGACAGAUCCAACUGUCAAUCAGAACCACUUCUCGAGCUAUAAAUGACCCUGGCAACGUCCAAGAACAGGGAAAUACUCUUUAUCAUGCCAGGCGCUCCGGGGACAUGAGUCGCUAUGUGUUCAGGGGAGUUGAUGGGAAGGCGGAGAGGCUGUGUGACAGGGCGAAGUGUUUCAUAGCCGCGCCCGGUCGCUUGCACUUUGGCGGCAAACUGAGGGGGAAAGAGGCCCCCGAGUAUUCCAGCGGUGCUUCCAGCGCUGUCAGCGAGCUGGACGACGCCGACAAGGAAGUGCGCAACCUGACAGCCAGAGCCUUCAAGAGCCUGGCUUAUCCUUACCUGAAUGCCAUCAAUUUCAGCACCUCCAGUGAGUCCUCUACAUCAGAGCAUGGGGUAGGGGUGAACAGGUGGUCCACGUUUGUCGACCUGAAAUAUGCCAACAUGAACAUGUCACAGGGACUGGACCAAAGUGUAGUUUCCCAUCAGAACUCAACGGCCUCAUUUGAAAUAGCCCAAAACAUAAACAGUAGAGGUUGUAAGGGCACUGCACUGGCAGGCAACAAACCGCCCACCAGCAAAAUCCUCACUCUGAGUGGCAAUCCCCACAGCGCAUCGUCAUCCUCCAAGAAAAUAGAGCUGAUGGGGAAAUUCAGUCAGGGCCAAAGCGGAGUGAUUACACUCACGGAGACUCUGAAUUUUCGUUGCAAUGUCAAAUCGGGAAUGUCUGCGGGAGAAAGACGCACCAACUUCGCACAAAACGCUGCGGGAUCACGUUCCACAGAUGAAGUUACCAACAGUUUGCCAAGCGGCCAGAGGAGAGGGGCCAGCAAGUCGCCCUCGAAAACCAUGGAAGACUCACACAAGAAAGCCAUAUUCGCCUCCAGCCUGAUCAAAAAUGUGAUUUCUAAGAAGAUGCAGUUCGAGCAGGAGCGCAAGAUGGAGAGAGGGGAGAUAAGCGAGCCGCAUCAGACGCCUUCCCCGUGCCUUGUGCACCAGGAGAGCGACAGCCACAAGGGGAAGGGGAGCAGGGAGCUGCACAGACAGAGCUCCAAGUUUUCCGAGAGUAGCUCUGACUACGCCAUAAUGUGCGUGGAUGAAUUAGGGGACAUUGUGGACAGCGGCUCAUGUGAUACCAAGAGCGACUCUCGGAGACAAGAAACGGUCGCACCCUCGACUGAAGUUAAUUCGGAGCCGGCAAAUGAGGUUGGAAUCGAUGCUAAAAAAGGCGCAAUGGAAGCGUCCAAAAGCACACUGCUUCGCAGCCAAAAUAGCGCGUUCAGAUGCUGGAAGGACGAGGAGCUAGAGUUUCAAAAGGAUCGUAAAAACGAUAAAACUCCGGUGGAGAAGCCGCCUUCAGCUAACGACAUAGAGGGCGAGGGGGACCAGCGCUCAGUGGGCAGCGGCAAACCGACGAAAAUGUCCCAUUUGUUUGUGCCCAGUAUCCAACUGCUGUCCAGUGACAGAGAAGUCGGACAGCAGCUGCAGAACAGGGAUUAUUCUCCAUGUGGCGAUGGAGGAGGGCUACAGCUGCCCUCUGGCAACACUUUAUACCUCGCCGACUCCAGGUGUGUCACUACAUCCAAAUCUCCGGAAAUUAAAAUCAACCUAAGGAGCGUCAGAGACAAUAAGACGGAGCCCUUCGGUGUCUCCAAACUGCGCGCUCCUAAUAUAGGCUCUAACGCUGCCAGCCUCUCCAGAACAGAUGACUUCAAAUGCCAGGCGCUGACUGCGGCUCUGAAGGGUGAGUCUUCAGAUAAAGUGCCGCAUUUCAUGGUUAGAGACUGUAGAGAUAAUAAAGGAAAACUGCAGACGCCCAUUCACCAUGUAAGAGACGUGCGUAAAUUGGUUAAAAGCUCCUAUCACUUUGUUUCUUUAGACAACAACGAAAAUAAAUCAAACUUUGCCUCUGCUGACAGCCACACAGAGCAGAAGAAGCAAAUGCCUUAUCGAAAUCCCAAUUCUGUGUCCCCUAUUGUGAUCAAAUGCCAGUCUGUGAAUACAAAUAGUAACGGAAAACAAUCUGGUAAUCUUGAGUUAUCUAAACUGGAGCCAUUGGACAUAGACAGGUCAUCUCCAGAGGGCGCUAAAAGUGCUCCAGUGCAAUGGGCAGCAGGGAGAGCACCCAUAGGUACCGCAAAUAAUUCCUCAGACGGAGGCAUUGGUUUCAGAAUCGAAAGCAGAAUCACUUCAAGGAAACAGGAAAAAAUAUCAGAUAUCACAGACAAGAAACCUGAAUCAAAGCUGGCCAACCAGGUGGCUUUGGAAAAACUCCAAGCUGCUGUGAAAACCAUGGAGCAGCUCUAUGUGUUUGAAAAAAAUGAAUGGAAAAGGAAGAAUGAGCCCCAGCCCCUGACGAACAGCCAUGUGCUUUCCCUGUUAGCCAGCGAGGAGCAUGGAGAACCUGAGGAGGAAGGAGCGAGAGGGUCCAACAUGGACCAGACAGUCAGAAGAGAGUCCUAUCCCAACACAGACAAGACACCACCAGCAGUAGCAGCGUCCCCCAGCGGUGAGAGCCUGCUCAGGCGGGAGGACAAAGACCCACUCAAGGCCCUUCAGACAUCCAGUGUCCGUGAUGACAGGCUGGUUGCUAAGUCAAUGCAAACCACCUGCACCACAGGUAGCAAAAACAUGUUAAGCCUUAGCUCCAGCCUCAAGGCUUCCGCAACCGCAAAUAUGACUCAGCCAAACAUCAUCACACAAACACCUUUCAGCACCAAAAACUUUGUCCCAAAGUCCCCAAAACUUCCCGUGUCAUUAAAAAUCAGCCAGCCAAGUGGAAGUGGAAACGAAGGAGAUGAAUCAAAAGAAGUGGACAGAUCUUCACAGGAGCUUUCAGGGGCCUCAACUGACACUGAGAACUACCUAACCAUUCCGGUCAAGUCUCAUGCCAUUAGCAGCAAACAACCCCCAUCUGCUGAUAAAACAUCAGUUUACACAUCCACCACUCAGUCACACCUAACCACUCCUCCAGAACACUUUGUAUCUGGUGCCAGGGGCCAGGAGGACCACAACCAGACCCCCAAACAAACCAGCAUUGUGAUGGAGACAUGCUCACCGGAGAUCCCUUCCGCUACCAUCUACCACUCCUUGCCGUUGGGCAUGUCCACCAGUCAGCCACAAGUGUACUGCUUCUCCCCAGCAAUCACCCCUGCUCCCACCCUAGACCCCUUCCAGGCCACCCAGAGGAAAAUGCUCCUGGAUCCCACCACUGGAAACUACUACCUGGUGGACACUCCUGUGCAGCCGGCCACCAAACGCCUCUUUGACCCAGAAACAGGCCAAUAUGUGGAUGUUCCCAUGCCGCAGCCUCCCAUGACCCCUGUUCCCGUGCCGAUCUCACCUUUGGCCCUCAAUCCAGGAGCAUAUGGUCACACUUAUAUGAUCUACCCCGGCUUCAUGCCUACACCCUCAGUGAUCCCAGCCCGGACGCUGGUGCAGUCACAGAUGUCGGUGCAGUCAGAGGCAGAGAGUGGAGAGAAAGCCUCGUCGCAGCAGACUGAGGGCAUGUACAUGGAGAGUCCCUUCUACAUGGCCACAGGAAAGUCUCCCCAGGUGGCCUCUGGAGCUCCACAGCAGGCCUCUGCCAACAGGCCGUUGCAGGGGUUCUCCAGCGUCAAGCAACCGGUCAUCAGCAUCACCUCCCAGCAGGGGCCCCGGAUCAUUGCCCCACCCUCGUUUGAUGGCACCACCAUGAGCUUUGUGGUGGAGCACAGAUAA